UGCUGGUUGAAGAAUGAAGCACCGCGUUGGCUCGGUCGGCAAAGGCAAAGGAGCGUCGUCAGCUGCUGCUGCUGCUGCUGCUCGCUCGAGCGCCCGUGCCUCGCCGCUGGAUGUGGCCAAGGACCAGUUCCUUGAGAUUCUCGCAGGGCUGUCCACUGCGGGCGGCGCGGACUCGGACGACAGCAACGAGCUGCUCCUCGCGUUUGAGGACUUUGCCACAGACACGCUCAACGGAAUGCUCCACGCUGACGACCACGAUGGCGAUGAUGAUGCUGACAAUGACGACGACGAUGACGACGACGACGACGAGGAAGAUGCCGAGGCCCAAGACAAGGCCAGCACAAUCGCUCCGGGAAAUCCGCGCCACGCCCGACGCAUGCUGCGAACAAUUGCGGGCGAACUGCGCGAGCGCGUGCCGUUCGAGGCGCAGGCUCCCGGCGAAAAGAUUGUCUUCCCUCAGAAGGGCGAGUUUGCAGGCUGUGACGCGUCCAACUCGGUGCACGUCGACGCCUUCCUGUACGACGAUGAUGCCGUCGACCAGCUUGUCGAUGCCGGCAAACUCUCGCGCUCGUACUGCACAAAGUGCGGCUCGCAAGACACGCGAGAGCUGACUUUUGUGUCGCACUCAAUUUCGCAUUCGCAGGCACGCUUCAUCUUUCGAGAUGCUUUGCCGCCGCUCGACUCGAGCACCACCGUUGUCGAUGUCGGCUCGCGCCUCGGCGCGCUGCUGUAUGCCGGCUACCUGUACUGCCCGAGCGCGCGCUUUGUUGGUGUGGAGAUGAGCGACUACUUUUGCAAGCUGCAAGAGGAGAUUAUUGCCAAGCAUUCCUUUGGCGAUCGCAUCAACAUUGUCUGUGCCGACGUCCGAAGCCAGGGCGAGCUGCUCAAAAAGGCCGACGUCGUGCUGCUCAACAACGUCUUCCAGUUCUUUGUGGACGAAGCCGGGCAGCAGGCCAUCUGGCGUUUCCUGCGCGAGUCCAUUCGCAAGAAGGGCGCGCUCGUCAUCUCCGUUCCCUCCCUUCAAGAGGCUUUGGAGCAGGCCGGCUUGGCUGGCGACAAGAUUCUGGAUGGCUGGCUCGAAAAGGUCGAGCUUGCCUAUCCUCUCAACGACGAUGGCGAUCCAGAUGAAGAGAGCGAUGCGCUGAACGUGCACAUGUACACCGUGUUGUAAAAAAAAAAAAAAAAAAAAAUGUGGUGGUUGUUGUUGUUGUUGGCAAAAAGAAAUGAACGUGUUUCAAGUGCCA